CUUAUGAGUGAGAGAACUUGUUCUUCAAGUCGCUGCUGUAAAAGCAUAUAAUUUCAGAAGGGGGGCUCUCCCGAAUUUCACAGAAGCUUGUAAAAACCAGAUCGAUUUCAAGAACGAAGAAGAGAAAUGGAGAGCGUAUUUGGAUUUGUUGGCAACGGAUUCGUCAUAGUGGCGGCUGACACAUCGGCGGUGCAUAGCAUUUUGGUUCAUAAAUCCAACGAGGACAAGAUCAUGGUUCUCGAUUCCCACAAGCUCGUUGCAGCUAGCGGCGAACCUGGCGACAGGGUUCAGUUCACGGAGUAUAUACAGAAGAAUGUGGCUUUGUAUCAGUUUCGCAAUGGUAUCCCUUUGACCUCUGCUGCUGCUGCUAAUUUUACUCGUGGUGAACUCGCAACCGCCUUGCGGAAGAAUCCAUAUUCUGUAAACAUUCUUUUGGCGGGAUAUGACAAGGAGACAGGCCCAUCCCUCUUUUACAUUGACUAUAUUGCCACCUUUCACAAGGUUGACAAGGGAGCUUUUGGUUAUGGAUCUUACUUUUCACUCUCCAUGAUGGAUAGACACUACCAUAGUGGUAUGACAGAAGAAGAAGCUAUUGAUUUGGUUGAUAAAUGCAUACUUGAGAUCAGGUCCAGGCUUGUUGUGGCCCCACCGAACUUCGUUAUCAAAAUUGUAGACAAGAAUGGAGCUAGGGAGGUUGCUUGGCGUCAAUCCAUCAAGGAUGGAGCUAGCGUUCCUUCAGCUUAAGAUUUAAAUGUUAUAUCAGCAGAGGUUUGCUUUUCUUUCUGUCUUUUUUACUUUGUAUGGGUAAAAUACACCCUCUUCUGCUCUUGUUUCAGACAGUCUGAUAGAGUAAUGCUGUGGUUAACGUGAACACAAUCUGAACUAUAGGUUGAUUUAUCAUCUGCUGUGCUGAAGUUCAAAGGUGCUAUUUAUGAAUACAUUCAUAUUUAAGUUGGCCUCACAAA